AAACACAAAAACUGGAAAUUUAUCUACAUAGUUCUCCCCAAAAUACAAAACCCUUUGAAAACUUUGAUAUUCACCAAAUUUCCUUGUAGUAGUGAAUGUACAUCAAAUUUCAAGCAACACAAUCCAACCAACAAUGUCAACUGAGAAAUCCCAUGUUUAUCACGAAAGACAAAGAUUACAGUUCUGUCUCAUACACACUCUCAACUCUCUCUUUCAGCAAAAAGAUGCUUUUACUCGAGCAAAUUUGAAUGCAAUUUCUGAAAAACUAGCACUUGAUGAAUCCUUCAACAAUGAAUCAUCAUGGACGCCAUUAUCUAUCUUUUUCAAGCCUCAUCAUAACGCAUUGACCGGAAACUAUGACAUAAAUGUUCUAACAGCUGCUUUGGAAGAGAAAGGAAAGAGUGUAGUUUGGCACGAUCGACGAAAGGGAGGAUCUUCAGUUGAUCUUGAUGCAUCAGAAGAUGUUUUGAUGGGGGUUGUGAUCAAUAUUGCAGUGAAAAGGUUUGCUGGGAUUUGGAAAAGUAGACAUUGGAUUGCUUUGAGGAAGAUUGAUGGUGUUUGGUAUAACUUGGAUAGUGACCUUUCUGCCCCGAAAAGUUUUCGUGAUACUGAUGAAGUAAGAGAGUUCUUGGAUUCUAGCAUAGUUCGUGGUGGUGAGGUUUUGCUUGUGAUGAAUCAGAAACAGUCUUGAAGUUUUUCGGUAAAUGUUUGUAAACUUAACUCUAUUUUCUCAACAUUUGGGUCAAAUUUGAUGGUUGUCACAUGUAUAGUACAAGAUAGAUAGCAUUUCAAUGGAGAAUGUUAUUGAAUGCUAAUGAAUUCUCAAUGUAUGUGAUGUUGUUUUGCAAAUUUGGAAAUGGACUUGUAAGAUUUUCUUUCUUCAACUGCUGUAAUUGCAAAUUUGCUACCUGUACAAUUAUUAACAAGGGAAAGAGUUGCAUUAGAUUUAGAAAGAUACUAUCAUGGGAUCUGAAAUUGUACAGGUAAAAUUCAUUGUACUGUCUGUGAAUGAAAGAUGUCUUACAUUUUAAA